CCUUACUACUCUUGCAACUCAUUCUCUCCCUUCAAAGUUCAAUCACAUUACACUGCCUUCAUAGCUGUAUUAUAUUCUGCCACGCUUUUUGCUUUUCUCUCUCCAACUCUUUUUAAAAAAAAAUAUAUAAAAAAGAAUUCCAACCUUUUUUAGACGAACCCUCUAAAAAGUUUCCACCUUUAAGUAAAUUUAUCUUUUUCGUUUUCUCUCUCUAUUUCAUGGUGCAGUGAAAAUAGAAUAGUAGGCUUGUUUUGGGUGGAGCGAAAAAAUAAAGGAGCUCAAAAUUGAAUAAAAGUGUGUAUUUUUUUUUAGUGAAAAGUUCAAAUGGAAGAUGGAAGGGUGCCAAAAGUAGCACAGGAUCAGAAAUGGGAGCUACACUUUGGCCACUGUUGUAGGUACUUUUGGUCAAAUUUCCUCUGAUUUCGGUAUUCAAUUAUCGAAGGGAUCUUAGAAGAGAAGCUGCUAGUGGCUGCUUAUAUAUCAUUGGAAUUGUUAAGAGGGCGCUUGAGAUGAGUGACAAAGAGAAGUUUGAGCUUGACAGAAAGGAGGAUCCCAUGAAUUAUUCCACCGGAAUGGCCUCGGAUCGGAGAUUCGGAAGUUCCAAUCUUCCGAAUUCAUCUGUGGGUUUGGCUGGCAGAGGGGAUCUAAAUGGUUCCUCUUCAUGUUCCUCUGCUUCCCUAGUGGACUCCUUUGGCCCAAACUUCUGGGACACUACGACGAAUUCCCAGAACUUGGGGUUUUGUGGCAUCAAUGUUCACAACAGUGGGAGCUCUUUGAACCCAAUUGAACUCAGAAAAGAUGGGUUUGGAUUUGGAAGAGGUGGUCAUGAUCAUGGAACACUUGAAAUGGGUUGGAAUCAAGGUAAUGGCUUUAUACCAAAUGAGUCUGCAAUGUUCUCCCAGAACUUGUCUCGGUUUCCAAGUGAUUCUGGAUUUAUUGAGCGUGCAACGAGAUUCUCGUGCUUUGGUGGAGGGGAUUUCGGAGAUAUGGUGAAUGCUUAUGGGAUUCCUCAAUCCAUGGGCCCUUAUGCUGGUACCGGUGGUGAGGCAAUUCACCGAGCAAGAGAUGGAGGACAACCUCAAGAGAGCAAUCCAAAUGAAGCUGAAGCUGAAGCUGUGAAAGAUGCGACACCAUCUGUGGAGUAUCUUGCUACUAAAGCUAGCCCGCUCAAGAAUGAUAAAAGAAGUGAAAACCAUGUAAUGCCUCAAAAUGAAGGACAACAAGGUCCUUCUAGGCCUCCGAAUGAGACUGACCGAGCCAAAUCUAGCGAUGAUGGCGGUGUUCAAGAUGACUCCCCAAUGUUGGAUGGUGUUAGCGACGAACCUUGUCUUAAAGGACUAGAUUCAAAGAAAAGGAAAAGAAUUGGGCAGGAUGCUGAUAAUGAUAAAGCUGUUGAACUACCUACGGAAGGUGCAGGGGAUAUCUCUGAGAGCCAACAAAAGGGAGAGCAGGAACCUACUCCAACAAACAAAGCCUCUGGAAAGAAUGCCAAACAAGGGCCUCAAGUUUCGGAUCCACCUAAGGAGGAAUACAUACAUGUCAGGGCUCGGCGGGGUCAAGCAACUAAUAGCCACAGCCUUGCAGAGAGAGUGAGGAGGGAAAAGAUAAGUGAAAGGAUGAAGUUUCUUCAAGACCUUGUACCUGGAUGCAGCAAGGUUACUGGCAAGGCCGUAAUGCUUGAUGAAAUAAUUAACUAUGUACAGUCGCUUCAACGACAGGUUGAGUUCUUGUCCAUGAAACUCGCAACUGUAAAUCCGCGGCUGGAUUUUGAUAUUGAAGGACUUAUCCCUAAAGAUAUUCUUCACCAACGGCCGGGUCCUUCUUCUGCAUUGGGGUUUCCUUUAGAAAUGUCUAUGGCUUUCCCUCCGCUACACCCAUCACAACCGGGACUAAUUCAGCCAACUCUUCCUAGCAUAGCCAACUCUUCUGAUAUCCUUCGGAGAACUGUUCAUCCACAGUUGGCAUCACCCGCUAGUGGAAGUUUCAAGGAGCCAAAUCAGGUUCCUGAUGUGUGGGAAGAUGAGCUUCACAAUGUUGUACAGAUGAGCUUUGCUACUACAACUGCUCCCAUGAGUACCCAAGAUGUGGAUGGUACUGUGGCAGCAACUCAGAUGAAGGUCGAACUUUGAUGUUUCAGUAUUUAAUCAAAAUCGUGACACCACUUAUCUUUGCCACAGUGAUUAUGUUGGAUUGCAUUAGAUUCAGAUGGAAAUAACUAAGAUUUAAGUUUUACAUCUGAGUUACCAUACGUUUUGAAGGCCAAAAAUCAGAGUUUCCAGAAUAUUCUAGAAGUGUUGCUACUGAUAAGGCCUUGGUGCAGUUACAUUAGCGACAGCAGGGGACAUACUAUAGGUUAUGAAGGACAGCAGCAGUGGG